UGAAAUUCGUGGUGUUGCCAUCUCACAUAUUCAAGACACACAGACACAUAUUCGACAUGCCUUCAUAAACAAUCCCAUACAAACCCGACAGCUAUACAUCGACGAUCACGCGGAUUAUUUUGUUCGGAGCCGAAUUUGCGUUUGAAUGACCCGCUGGCACCGUAUAGUAAAUAUGGCUGUUGCGCAUAUACGACGGCACGCCGACGCAGCCAACUUUGAAUUAGUUUUUCGUUAUCAAAACCGAGAUGUCAACAUUGAUCGUGUGUUCAACUUUCAACGUAGCAUUGGUGAGACCAUCACAUCAACACUAGCUCGAAUCAGAACAAACGUCGAAAAAGAGCAUAAUAAAAAAUUCAAGAAAGCAAAAAAACCGAAGAAGGGUGAAGCUGUUACCACCACAGCCGAUGUCAAUCAAUUCGAAAUUGACUUUUUGAUUGACAAGAAUGAGUCCACAACAUGGUUGGAUGUGUUUGCCAAUGUCGACGACCAUGAAUUCAAGACAACAAAACUAAAAGUAUGUGGCCAGGAAUUUGCAGUCGCAUAUAAUCAUCCGUAUGUGGGUCAGCUCACGAUGCCAACAGUCAUUCUUGUGGGUUUCGAUUGCUAUCCGGCAAAAUUUGAAGUUGUAUUCACCGAACAAGAUAAAUGCCAAUUCGAAUGGUUCAAAGGGUUGACAAAUGAAAAUGAGUCGAAUAUCGUUUGGAGUAAAUGCGAACAGGAGGGAUUCUUCUAUCGAGUUCAACCCAAUGAUUUGCGUCAUAAAUUGAAAUUCGUUUGUACGCCAAAGUCUGACACAAAAGAAGGCCCGAAAGCUGAGAUCAUAUCAAAUUGCCUGGUUGAAGCUGGUCCCGGUUACGAUGCCUUUGAGGAGAAACAAAAAUUCACGCCAACACGACUGGAUGGUUCUCAAUUUCGGGUUGUCUCAUACAAUUUAUUAGCCGAUUACUAUGCGGACAGUGAUUUUUCGCGCAAAGAACUCUUUCCAUACUGUCCACCGUUUGCUCUGGCCAUUGACUAUCGAAAGCAGUUGUUCAUUCGCGAAAUUAUUGGCUAUCAUGCGGAUAUCUGUUGCUUGCAAGAAGUCGACUCGAAGGUGUUUGACUUGGAUUUAAAACUGUGUUUGGGCAACGAUGGAAUGGAUGGAUUAUUACAGAAGAAGGGUGGCACAGCUGAGGGUGUGGCCACAUUCUAUCAUCGUGAUAAAUUUUCCCUCGUCCAUAGCUAUGGAUUCAAUUUGAGUGAAAACAUGACGAAACAGCCAUACUUCCAAGAAUUAUACGAAAAAAUCAAAGACAAUGAAAAACUAUGCGAACGAAUGCUAUCGCUAUCAACGGCACUUCAAGUCACGGUGUUACAAUCAAAAGAAAAUGGACGGUAUUUAAUUGUGGCCAAUACUCAUCUUUAUUUUCAUCCCGAUGCCGAUCACAUCCGCUUACUGCAAAUCGGUUUCUUUAUGUUGUACGUGAAGCACAUCUAUGAGAGCACCAUCGCUGAAUUGAACUUGAGCAAACAACAAAUCUCCAUCAUAUUUUGUGGGGAUUUUAACAGUGUGCCCGAAUGUGGAAUUUAUAAGCUGAUGACGGAGAAACUCGUUCCCAAUGAUUUUAUCGACUUUCAAAGUAAUGCUGAGGAAGCCAUUGUUGGAAUUACACUACAGCAACCGUUUGAUAUCAAAUCGGCCUACAACAAUCCGAAAUACACCAACUUCACCGUUGGCUUUGCUGCAUGUUUGGAUUACAUUUUCUAUGAAACAAACAACUUGCGUGUAUUACAGGCCGUUCCAUUACCAAGCGAUGAAGAGUUAAGGUCAUUGACAGCAAUACCGUCGAUUGUAUUUCCAUCUGAUCACAUUUCAUUGGUUGCAGAUUUCGAGUGGAAUCAUCAAGAAUAAACAUUUUGUUUCAGUAUCAUAGACCCUUUACUGUUGGGCAAUUUGGCAAAUGUGUUUCAUUUUUUUCAAAAAAAUCAUGUAUAUUUCGAUUGAGCUGAUUAACAAUUCUCUUAUUUAUGUGAACUUUGUUCACUAAACAAUAUCAAUUUGUACAACUAAAGAUUAAAAUGGAAUGAAAAAAACUGAUUCUAGUAAAUGAUAGACAAAUAUGAUAACAAUAAUGAAAUAAAAGGAGUAAUAAAUACAAUUCGCUGUAGGAAGCGGCCAAUUCAA